AGAGUUGAGAUCAUGCUCUUGAUUGGAGGUUACUACGGACUCUGUCAUGAAGCCAUGAAUGUAUGGUCAUUAUUCAGCAGACAUACAAAUUCAAUAGUUCAAGACGAAAGUGAGGUUUUCUUCAGAUUUCUACAAAACAAGAAAAAGAUCCAAAUUACAUAUAAAAAUUAUAAAUAAAUUCAAGACAGAAGAAUUCAAAAGUUUCAAAAGAAUGAUGUACUACAUCCUUGAGUUCCAAUUUCUCAGUGACAAAAGCUACUACCAUGAAGAAGUCUACACAACACUUGUACAACUCCUUGCUAGACUUAAAGAGUACUCCGAAGUGAACACAAUUCUCGGAGAUACAGAUUCUGGCUACACCGCUAACAUCAUCAGAGACAUGCAAAUCAACAUCGAACUCCAUAAACUAACGACCGACCACAAAAUUCUCCUCCGGCACCUUGAAUCUGACCAAAUUUUCCAAAACCUUAAAGUAAUCUUCAGAUUCUGUUUCCCUAAGCCCACAUUUGCCCUCUCUCCUCUCACUGAAGUCAUGUCUGAAGAUCUUCUUCCCAGAAUUCAGAAACUUGAGGUCAACAUGAUGUACUACUACACAACCUCAAAAUCAGAUCUAACCUCCUUCCUGACCGCCUUCACUACAAAAUGUAAUUUCCUUAACCUAAAACUGGCUUAUGCCAAUUGCCCGCUGCGUAGUGAUAGCUUGGUCGACAUGCACAAGUUUGAGUUCAAAGGUCUUCUUGAGAAGACUAGUAAAGUUCUGUUCUCAUUUACUGGAUAUGAGUUUAGUCAGAUGAGGAGAUAUGUGUCACCUUUGGCUCUUUUUCUACAAAUUUUAUGCCAGGUUGAUGAAAAAGCUCAGAAAUCUUAUUGUUUAAAUUUGGAAGGGGGAAUACCUCAGAAAGAGUGAGAUAUAAUUCAUUUUAAGCCAUUUAUUAAAGGAAAAAGAGAUUUGAAAUCCUCUCCAAUAAGUUUGUCUUCAAAAGAUGUAUCAGAAAUACCAAAAGCUAUUUUCUCAAUAGUUGAUUGUCAAAAUAAAACAGAGCAUUUGUUUGUCUUUAAAGCUAUAAAUGCUACCUUUACCAAAAAUUAUUCAGGUUGUGUAUUUUCAAAAGGAGUGGUAGAAGAUGCCCUUCCUUGCCCAGAUAUCCGAAUUCUAAACUGAAACUCACUAAACUUCAAAGGGAUUAAAAAGAUAAAAACUAUCCCAAUUGAUGAAGAAAGCCAUUCCGAUGAAAUUUACCUAAAGAUUCCAUUGAAGUUCCUUAAUCUAUUCAUUAUGAACAUGGAGCAGAACCAGGAGUUAAUUGAAAAGGGAGCUGUGAACGACCAUCAUGUGCUUGAAAAUCUCCAGAAAAUUCAGCCCUCAAUUAUUCCCAAAGUUCUUCAUUUCUCCCACUCUUUGAACCAGAAGGAAAGAUUAGUUAAAGAAGCUCUUGAAAAGGUGCAUGGACAACUAGGAGAGCUUCAUAUAGAAAAAGAACUGCUGAUCUUUGCUGAAAAUCGAUCUUCUAGCGAUAUCUCCUAA